UUAGGAUAUAAAAUUUUUAUGUUUUUGCCCUGACAAGUUUCCUGAAAUAAGCUGCAUCUACUAAGCUUCAUCACUCUUCGCCACAACCCUCCCAAAAGACACAUUUACACACUAAACAACAGCCAUCAUGUCCAAAGUGGGAGUCCUGACACUUGGUCCAGCAGGUGCUGGAAAGACAACGUUCUGCAACUCGGUUAUGUCCUAUAUGGAAUCCAUCGGCCGUACUGCACAUUUGGUCAACCUCGACCCUGCUGCAGACCCAACAGAAUACUCCUUCAGCAUCGACAUACGUGACUUGAUCUCUAUAAGCGAUGUGCAGGAAGAACUUGGACUUGGGCCAAAUGGGGCCUUGAUAUAUUGCUUCGAGUUCUUGAUGGAUAACCUUGACUGGCUCGACGAACAGAUUGGGGAUUACAAUAACGACUAUUUGAUUUUCGAUUGUCCAGGACAAGUCGAAUUGUAUUCACAUGUUCCCAUAGUUCCUCUGCUUGUGCAACAUUUGCAACAACAGCUUGGAUUUAGACUCUGUUGCACAUAUCUUUUGGAAGCACCAUUUGUUGUCGACAGAGGUAAGUUUUUCUCCGGUGCAUUAAGUGCAAUGUCUACCAUGAUAUUCCUUGAACUACCACAUAUAAAUGUUCUCUCAAAAGUAGACUUGAUCAAAGAUACCGUUGGGAAACGAGAAUUGAAAAAAUUCUUCAACCCUGAUCCUAGAUUGCUAGAAGAAUAUAAUGAUGAAGACAAGGGUGAUUAUGUGACAGGUAAUGAAAAAUUCAGAAAGUUGAACAAGGCUAUCGCCCAGCUUGUGGACGAUUUUGGUAUGGUGCAGUUUUUACCAUUGGAUUGUAGUGAUAAGGAUAGCAAUAAGAGUGUGGAGUUAAUUCUAAGUCACAUUGAUGAUGUCACACAAUGGAACGAAGCUCAAGAGCCAAAGGAACCAAAAGAUGAGAUAGAGAUACCAGAUGAUGAUGAUGAUUUCGAAUAGAUGUGUAAUAGAACAGGUGUAUUAAUGUACAUUUAUAUAGCGUGUGUAUACAUGAGAAAAGAAAUAGGAAAAAGAACAAAACCAAGAAAGCUCUUGUCAUGAUUCUACGUUGUUUUCUACUUUCACAGGU